AUGGACCAGACAGCUGCAAACUCCAAACCAAGUCGCGUAUCGCACGGCUACAACCAUGUCAACACCCUCGCCGACCAUCACCUUUGUUGGAGAAACAACGACACGACGGGGUUCCUAGAACCAGUGUGGCCGCGAGAACCCGAUAUUCAAGUCGCACGCAAGCUCGCCCUUGAGCAUCUCCCAGCAGAUUUAUUUUCUGAUGCCUGCAUCUCACCCUUCGCCCAGGGCGCAUUUCAUCGCCUGUAUUGCCUCUCUUCCGACCACACGACUGCUGAGUACCUCAUGCGCGUCGCCCUUCCCGUUGAUCCCUUCUUCAAGACGGAAAGCGAGGUGGCCACCAUGGACUACAUCCGGCGGAAUUCUUCAAUACCGGUACCCGAGAUCAUUGCCUACGCGUCUAGCGCCUCAAAUGAGCUCACCUUCGAGUGGAUUCUCAUGGAGAGGAUUCGGGGCGUCCGCCUCGAGCAAGUCUGGGACACGAUGCCCUUCCAGGCCAAGAUGCAUCUCACAGUCGAGCUGGCCCGCUCCCUCAAGGAACUCAGGCAGCGUCCAUUUCCCAUGCUGGGUAGCAUUUACUACGCGGAUGUCUGGAACCAGGUCGACUACAUGCCCACUCUAGGACUCGAUGCCGGCAUUGAUGGCACCUUUGUUAUCGGGCGCAUGGUCUCUACACGCUUCUUUCGGGAUAAACGCCUCCUCCUUCGCCCUAACCGUGGGCCCUUCACCACAGCGCGGGAACUCGCUACGUCCCAGGCCACUCUGCUCGCCCGGCGCAUUCAACAUCUCUCACCCUCUCCUGGGACCGAGUACUACUGCGAAGCCGACGAGAUGCUUGCUGACGAUGGAGCCGAGGUGCUCGAGACGGUCGAUAGGCUUGUCGAGGUCGUACCUCGAAUCUACUCAGCGACUGACGACCCGGAAGACAUCAAGGUCCUAUGGCACGAUGACAUUUCUUUGAUGAACGUGCUUGUAAAUCCCGAGACAUACAAACUUGUCGGCAUCGUCGACUGGGAGUCUGUGAGCAUCGCGCCAGCCUUGGAAACAGAGGACGGGGUCCCACAUUUCCUUCAGGGAAUUUCUGUCCAAGAACCUCCACCAGUCGGAUCCCUCCCCCCUGAGGAAGAGGAAGCCAUGGUCGAGAUCCGCAAAGAUUGGGAUUUGGUCCUCCUGCGCCGCAAGUACGCUGAGAUCGCGGGACCCAUGUAUAGUCUGAGUCUUGGAGCAGAUGCGAGGAUUGAUCUCAAACGAGGGCUAUCUAGGUCUUUGGCCAACUUUGAGGACAGAUGGACAAGCGCACGGUAUUGGCUAAAGCAAAAUUUUGGGGCGAGUGCCUGA